CUGGGUGUUGUACAUAUUGUGAGAUUUGUGUAGAGUAACUACUAGUCUCGUCAACAAUCGCGAUGGCGCCCUUGUCGUCGUCGUCGGGCGCGUCGACGUCUGUGCAAGUCGCUUUGCGCAUACGGCCAACGACUACACAGGAUACUGUAUCCAUUCCCGCUCGUUUUCAACGGUCUGUCAUUCAUGGAACGUCUUCUACUAGCGUGACCGUAGAUGCUUCCUCCGCCGCUCCUACUGCAUCUGGUUCUGCUACUGCCGUCGCAACUCCAUCAACUGCCGCCGGUAAAAAGCAGGUGUUCACCUUCGAUCAAGUCCACCCUCCAACCGUUACCCAGCAUUCGCUCUUCACAAGCACUGCCCAACCACUCAUCUCGCGUUUCAUGGAAGGAUUUAAUUGUACAAUUCUUGCCUAUGGACAAACGAGCAGCGGAAAGACAUUUACCAUGACUGGUGUGGACCUUGAUGCGGACCCCUCUGAUCCUAAUAAUGGCAUGGGCAUCAUACCGAGAGCCGUCUCUACUAUCUUCUCGCAGGCGAGAAAACUUAAAGAACAACGUGGCGGGACCUGGAAUUACAGCAUAAAAGGGUCAUUCAUAGAAGUGUAUAACGAGGAUUUGAUUGACUUGCUCAGUUCCGACGAGGCAACUGGGUUGCGGCGCGAGGUACAGAUCAGAGAAGGGAAAGACGGGUCUAUAAUCUGGGGUGGCCUACGUGAAGUGACGGUGCGAAAUAGCAAUGAAGUCAUGCAUCUUAUCCGCCAGGGAACCGCGAUAAGAAGAACGAACGAAACGGAUAUGAAUGCCCAGUCAUCUCGUUCGCAUGCAAUCUUUUCUCUCACACUGACCCAGAAGAAAUACACUGGCUCAGGCGUACCACCUCGUUCAUCUUCACCAUUACCACCUGGCGGCCGUUCCCCAUCGCGUCUUGCUCGUCCUGGAUCAAUAUACACAAGUGGUAACUCUCCCAAUGCAAGAGUGUCGUCGCCUACUAUGGGUAGGCCAUCGACUCCAAGUUUCCAAGUAGCCAUGGGACGAGGCGGAGGACUACGCCCUGCAAGCUCCCUCGGUCUUCGUCCCCCUGAUAGCCGGCAAGAUGAUGAUGAGAGCAGCGAGUGGACCACUAUAGUGUCCAAGUUUCACUUUGUCGACCUGGCCGGCUCGGAGCGCUUAAAACGUACUGCCGCUGCGGGAGAGCGAAUCAGAGAGGGAAUCUCCAUCAACAGUGGUCUCCUCGCUCUCGGCAACGUCAUAUCGGCGCUAGGUGACCCCUCACGUGCGAAGUCGCAUACUAACUCUCAUGUCCCCUAUCGCGACUCCAAGCUUACCCGCCUCCUUCAAGACUCGCUUGGGGGCAAUGCACACACACUUAUGAUCGCUUGUGUCAGUCCCACGGAGUGGAACGUCGGUGAAACUGUCAACACUUUAAAGUAUGCCAACCGCGCCCGAAAUAUCAAGAAUCGUGCAGUUGUCAACGAAAGGGAAGAUGGUUGGGAUGAUAUCGAAUGGCUCCAAGGAACGGUCACUCGUCUUCGCAAGGAGGUCAAACAACUCAAAGAAGGUGGCACCAUCAUUUCUACGAAUUCCUCUCCAGCCGUUGGUGAGGUGACGGAGGGAAACUCCAAAAAGAUCCUUGCACAGAUGACAGACCUUCAAAAUAAUUAUGAGAGUCUACGCGAGAAAUACGUGGAGCGGACGGAAGACCUUACUCGCUUACGUCGCGAGAUUGGCGAGCGUCACCGCACGUCAUCUGGCGGAACUGUUGGCGGUACGGCUAAAUACGAAGAGAUCGUUGGACCUGUCAUCGAGGAAUACGAGAAGACCAUCAGCGCCAUGGAGGCUGAGUUAGGCCUCAAUCGCGCUGCGCUCAGGCUUACCAAUGACAUGAUGGAGGAAAAAGAAGAAGAGCUCGCCCAGAUCACCGAGAGACAUUCUGCAACUGAAUUAUACGUUGAAGAGCUCCGUACGCGGCUGGCGAAGCUUACAGAACGGGAAGCAUCAACUGAGGCUUACGUCCGUGAUUUAGAAGAGAAGAUGAAGUCUUUUGACGAAACAUCUAUGUCAUCGAGCGAGUCACUGACUGACCUGAAGCGCGAGGUCUCCCGUUAUAAAGAAGCCGAAUCGCACUCAGCCUCAUACAUAGCUGACCUCGAAGCUCGCCUCGCCCGCUCUGACGAAUCGGUGCUAACCUUGCAGCAGACGAUCGAGCGACUCGAGAAUGACUGUGAACGUCGAAGAGAGGAAGUAGAUGCUCUGACGACACGCUUGGAGAACCUUAACCGAGACGGUGCUGGUUGGCGGACUGAUCUCGAAGAAAGGGAGAGGAAGGUCAAGGAACUGGAGCAGAAGAUGGAAGCCUGGGAGCGAAAGAGGAAGGAAGCCAACGAAGACCGCAUCCGACUUGGUGACGUGGUUGGUGAGGUUGAGCUGGCAAAACGUAGUCUCGAGUCCUUGAACGGCGGGAGCACCAAAGUCAAUUUUCCUACUACUUCCGGUGCCAGCACGCCAGCUUCUGUGGACCUUUCCGUCGAGAAUCAAUUGGUCGCCCUGCGGCAAACUCACGCUGCAACACUCACAGAUCUCUCGUCUGUUUCCAAGAAGUACCAGGAUGCACUUCAGGAGAUUGCUGAUCUUGCUGCUCAAAUUCAGGAAGCUAGACUCAGCAAUCCGACGAUCCCGGAGACUUCGGCCGUUGAUAAAGCGGACACCCCGUUAUUCCGUCGGCGAAUGACAUCUUCCAAGAGUCGAGAUGGUCUUACUGAGCCUCUAUAUGAUACAGCUGGUCGACGUCUUUUUUUCAGGCAAGCAGCCUCUGUAGAUUCUCUUCACGGAAGAGCAUUACAUCAGUCGUUGCCACAAUCACUUUCGCUUUCACAGGAGCUCUCAUCAGUCAGGUCUCGAGAGACUUCGAUAUCGAGUCACGGAAGCAGUGGUUCUGUCUCGUAUUCUCCAUCACAUCGUCCGAACCUCUCCAUAUCUCUUUCCAGUGUCAGUGGCGCUACCACUCCCGCUGAACAGCGCUCUGCGGUGAGCAUGGAGAAGGAGAUUAUGCGCUUGCAAGAGGUUCUUAAAGAGCGUGAAGCUGAAAUUGGCGUUCUUGAGUCUUCGCUGAAGGAAAAGGAACAGACAACGCCAAUUCUGGUUGCAUCGCAAGCUCUCCAAUCCACAGAGGCCGACGAUUUGACACACCUUUCCCCCAAGACGAUUCAGAAGUUCGAUGCCGUCCGAAAGAGUAUGAAGCUACAUCACGAUCUCAUCCCUGAUGUUGACGUUGAUGUACCUGAUAACGAUGUCGAUGAAUCGCUUGACAGGUUAAACGAACUGAUGUUGUCCAUGGCACAGAAGGAGUCUCAGCACAAAGAACUCGUUGACUCUCUUCAUGGUCAACUUGCUCUGGUGCAACGUGCGCACGAUGAAUUGACCAAUCUUUCUAGGGAUCAGGCGCUGAACAUGUCGACCGAACUUGAAGGUCUCCGUGCCAAACACCACGAGGAUCUUUUGGAUUUGGAGACAGUCAGGCAGCUCCACGCCGACGAGCUUGCGGAGCUAAGGUCUCAGCACGAAGACGCUCUUCGUGCGAAGGGAAUUGAGAUUGAGGAAUUAAUCUCUCGCCUGAAAAACGAGCAUCAGACAUCUCUUGGUACCUUACGAGAUCAGCUGUCAGAGGCAUCUGCAGCUCUGGAGAAGGCCCUCGAGGAGCAUGAGAGUGCGAUCCUCCAGCGACAUUCUCAAGAGGCUAAGGAGAUUCUCGAACGUACUAUCGAGGAGCAUCAGAACGCUAUGGCCAAAUCCAAGACCGACCAUGCAGAAGUCUUGAAGUCCAAAGACGAGCAAGUGGCUACCGACCUCCACCGCACCGAAGAGGAGUACUACAAUGCGCUCACUAAACUUCGCAAGGACCACGCAGAUGCUUUGCAAAGGCAAGCUACUGAAGCUGCUGCGAUGCUUGAGCGCUUGCGUGAAGAUCACGCUAGCGAGCUUCGCAUGUCUGAGAAAGCUCGUGAAUGCUCCUUGUCAGAGUCGGAGUCAUCUCGUGAUUCAGUGCUUCGCGAACUUCAGGAUGAGCAUGCUGCUGCCAUUGCCAGGAAGGAGGCUGCGUAUGCGGAGGAUGUAGAGAAACUCAAAUCGGAGCAUGUGCGCCUCCUUUCGAACAAAGAGGAGGACUACAGAGCAAGGCGUGAGCAUCUGAAAUCUGAGCAUGCCACCGCCAUGGCUGUCCUCAGGGAGGAGUCGGAAGCCCAAGUGGAGCAGCUCACGAAGGCCCUGGCGCGUCUGGAAGAAGAAACAGCUGCCACAGUUGUGAAGUUGCGCGAGGAGCAUGUAUCCGCUACUCAGGUUCUGACGGAACAACAUACAGCGUCACUGCUACAGAUCACUCGUGACCACGAAGAAGAGGCUGCUCGACUCAAGUUGUUGCAUGCCUCUGAACUCGACGACGCAAUUACAAAGGCUCAGAAAGAACAUGCAUCCCUCCUCACCUCCCACUCAGCGGCAAUCACGAAUCUCAAAUCUGAACACCAAAUGUUACUUGCCGAAGUUCAAGUAUCCCUCGUCGCUGCUCAAGAAAGGCAUGCUUCCGACCUCCGAGAGUCUGGAACAGCAAGUGAGCAUAUGCUUGCUGAAGAACGUAAACGCCUUGCUGUUACCGUUGCCGACCUUGAGCAGGAACACUCUGACGAGCGUGAUGCUCUCCGCAAGGAACGAGAUCUUCUCCGUCAAGAGCUAGAGUCCCAUAAAGUCGCGAUCCUGGAUGUUCAGGAACAAAGUGAACGAGGAGUACUUGCAGAGAGACAGCGUUCACAAUCAGCCGUAACUGAGCUCGAGGAGAAGUACUCUGCUGAACGCACCACGAUGCGUGAGGACUACAAAGCGCUUGUUCAGGAACUUGAGGCUCACAAAGCUGCCGCAAGCGACUUAGUGGCUGUACGUGCAGAGUACGAAUUGGCCGUAUCCGAACAGACGACCACCGUGGCAUCCUUGGAGAAGAGUUUUGCCGGUGCACAAUCGGAGAAAGUAGACCUUCAGGCGCAGGUUACCAAACUGACGGCUGAACUGGAGAAGACAUGGUCAGAACGGGCCACGUUUAUCCAGGAAGCAUCUAAGCGCGAAUCAUUGGUUGACGAGCUUGAUAGACAUCGCUCCCUUAUCGCUGAGCUACAAGAGAAUCUUCAGCGCGCUAAGGACGAGAAAGAUAACUUGCAAGUGGAGAGGACUAAGCAGGAGACUGCUAUGCGCGAUAUGCAGAUGCAGAUUGCACGCACAUCGGUUCAAGAGACCUCGACACCACGAGCAACACCUGAUCGCAAUAUCCCUUUUACUCGUCUCAACGGUAUGGGCUCCAAGCUUCCUCCCCCCACACCCCCGCCGUCCAUGCCACCGCCACCAGCACCGAAAGCUCAGGAAUCCCAGUUCAGCUUAUCUACUCAAUCUUCUACUAUGUCUUCGAAAGACUCUACCGACUCUUCUGCUACGUCGGUUGCCUCUGUACUUGCACCAAGCGGCCCUCAAGUAGACUCCAAGGCCAUCGCUGCCAAGCUCGAGGAUCAAGCGAAGCAUAUCGAUGAACAGGAGGUGAUGAUCAAGACACUCAACAAACAGCUAUCUCACUGUGAGAGUGAUUUGGCUACUCACAUGGAUCUCGUGAGCACACUAGAGACAUCAUUGAGCGACUCUGAGAAGAAUCUUCGCAAAGCGCGCAUGCAAGCAACGGAGCUUGCGAGGGAACGAGACUCGCUCAAUUCCCAAAUUGAGGGCCUUCGCAACGAGUUACAGGAAGCGCGCCGUGAGGUUGUUACUGUUCGGAAAUCGAUCGUGGAAGAAAAACAGUCCCUCGAAUCGCGUCUUGACGAAGAACGACGUGCGAAGGAACGUGCUCGUGCGCAGCUCGACUCCCGGAUGGAGGAGCUACAAAAACGGAAAUCGAAGUUUGCCUGUCUAUAGCGUGCCUGUCAAGUUUGCAUUCACAUCUUUUCGGCCUGUGAGUUGUUACGACUCAUGUCGGACCUCUAUGCCUAUUCUUUUUGCACCUUGCUUAUUAUACCAAUUUUCGCGAGCUGCGAGAUCGGUUAGCGAUUAUGUCUCUUGUGUCCUGAUACCCCUUGGUUGUGGAGCUAGUUUAUCGCGUCUACUAUGGGUAUCCCUGGUAUGUUUGUCCGUACUGGCUACUUCCCUGUUAUAAUAUGAUAUAGUUCGGAUCUUUGCUAACUCGUGUUUCGGCUAUGAUCCGCUUGAACGGUGUCAACGUCACCGUGGCGAUUAUGUCGGCCGCUGUUCGCGAGUCAUAUGCGCAACAUCCCUCGGACAUUCCAGCAUGGGAACCUAGUAGAAAAUCCUCCACGCUGUCUAGUAUACGAUGCCAGCCUUCGAAUUCUGAAGUCUGAUGAAUGUCCG